GCCUGUGAUGGUCGCGGUGCUGGCGGCUCACUUGGCUGUUUAGUUAAAAGAUGUUAAAGUCCUGAAUAUAUUUCAUCAUGAGUGAACUUGAGCUGUCGACAAGGGACAGGGUGGUGGAGCUGCUGAACACAGCUGCCUUUCUACCAUCAGAGAAGGAGAAGAUCGCAAACCUUGCUCAGGUCCAGGAACUCAUCAUUCAUCAUGACUCACAACUGCUUGAUUCAUUCUUUGAAGAAGUUGCUGCCUUCCAGAAUGAUAGGAACUCGGAUGUUCGUAAAUUCGUUGUUGGAUUUAUCGAAGAAGCAUGCAAGAAGGAUGUGGCCAUGUUACCACGGCUGGUUCCUAAUAUCCAGCUCCUCUUGAAUGAUGAGGCAGUAGCUGUAGUGAAGCGAGUCAUCCAGGCCGUUGCCCAGCUUCAUCGUGCCACCCUAGCCUGGCUCUCCUCGGCGCGUUCUACCACUCCAGAGAUGGAACAAGUUUGGCUUAUUAUCACUACAAUUAAAAAUACAAUUAUUACCAUGAUUGAUCAUGAUAAUGAUGGAGUGAGAACACAAGCUAUCAAGUUCCUUGAAGCACUGGUGUUGCUGCAGACGUAUACGGAAGCUGACUCAGUAGUGCGUGAUGGAGAGUUCAACCUGGAUCAGGUUCCACUUACGCUUAAGGUUGCACGGCCCAGGAAAUUGGAAGAGGAAGCAAGGAUGGUGCUCAACAAGUUAUUAGCUUUUCAAGGAUCCAUUCAUAUCAGCUCAGUGAACCUCAUGACAUGCAUGUCUUCCCUUACCAUUAUGGGCAGGGCACGGCCACAGUUCCUUGGCAAGAUUAUCAAUGCCCUUGAGAUUCUCCAUGCCAAUCUCCCACCAACCCUAACGAAGUCUCAGGUGAACAGUGUAAGGAAACAUUUGAAGAUACAGCUGCUCAACUUAUUAAAGCACCCAGCAUCCUAUGACUAUCAUGAAAAUAUUACCACAGUCCUCAAUGAUUUAGGAAUUACUGCAACUGAGGUUAAUAAGUCCAUGCCAUCUAAAGAAACAAUAAGAAAGAGAGUGAGACGGGAUAAACCAGUCGAAGGAGUGGUCGAGUCAUCAAGCAAGAAGCCUCGAUUGGAUAAGGAAGAGAAAAAGGGAAAAGUUGAGGAAGUUGUUGAGAAGAACUCUGCUGUAGACAUCACUCAGCGGUGGUUGGUGGAGAAACUCAAUGCAGAGACCGUAGCUAACUUGGUUAUGGUUACAAUGCUGAAUCUUCCUGAUGAGAUGCCUGCUUGUUCAGUGCAGGGUACAGUCCUAUCACAGCUGCUGGAACAGCACCACAAAUACGGCAUGUGGCCACGACUUAUAGCAGCUCAGCUGACAGCGUAG